AUGUCUGUCGUUUCGCUUUUGGGCGUUAAUGUCCUGAACAACCCAGCCAAGUUCACCGACAAGUACGAGUUUGAGAUUACUUUCGAAUGCCUCGAGCCGCUGGAAAAGGAUCUUGAGUGGAAGCUCACUUACGUUGGAUCCGCUACCAGUGACCAGUACGACCAAGAACUCGACUCCCUUCUCGUCGGUCCCAUCCCCGUUGGUGUCAACAAGUUCGUUUUCGAGGCCGAUGCCCCCAAAACCGCGCGCAUUCCCGAUGCUGAGAUUCUCGGUGUCACUGUUAUUCUCCUGACCUGCGCCUACGAUGGACGCGAGUUCAUUCGCGUCGGUUACUACGUCAACAACGAAUAUGAUUCGGAGGAACUUAACGCUGAGCCCCCCGCUAAGCCCAUCAUUGAGCGUGUGAAGCGCAAUGUUUUGGCUGAGAAGCCCCGAGUGACUCGAUUUGCCAUCAAAUGGUAA